GUACAAUGUAAUAGCAAAUAUUAUUUCACAUAAAAAGUUAUGAUCAAAUAGGUUCUAACUUCUACAACUCAACAUUAGGUGUCGUUAAAAAAAUAUUGAUUCAGUGGUGAACGCUUUAAAAUGUGUGAGAAAGAAACAGAAGUGCAAUCACAAAUUGUGAAUAUAGAAAGUGUCAUUCCAAAGAAUCGAUUAACAGUGUUAAAAUGGAACGGUUGGGGCUACAAAGAUUCAAAAUUCCAUGUCACUGAGAAAGGAAUAAUUCGUUUUACGGGAAAUCGAUAUGCUAUCGGGGAAACAGAUUUACCAUUUUUCACUCAAUGGAUUCAAAAAGAACUAAAUAUUGAUCUAAAUUCUAGAAACGUACCUCGGAAUAACUUUGAAUCACUUGAGUUACCUCAAUCUAUUGUUCCUGAUGAUUUUUUGAAUGCUUUAAAAACUAUCAAGAUUGAUUAUACAGUUGAUGACUUGGCUAGACUUAGUAGGUCUCAUGGACAAACUCUUUAUGAUAUUUACUCUCUCCAGCAUGGUAAAUGUUAUCCACGUAUUUCUGACAUUGUUGUUUGGCCAAGAAACCACGAAGAAGUUGUUAAUUUAGUCGAUUUAGUCAACCAUCAUGAUGUUGUUCUGAUUCCAUUCGGCGGAGGAACAAGUGUGUCGGGAGCGGUGACCUGUCCAGAAAAUGAGAAACGGUGUAUAGUUAUUGUGGAUACUUCACAAAUGAACCGUUUAUUAUGGUUAGACGAGUCAAACUUACUGGCAUGUUUUGAAGCCGGCAUUAUUGGUCAAGAUAUGGAGCGAGAACUUAGAAAGCAAGGUUAUACCUGUGGGCACGAGCCAGACUCUUAUGAAUUCUCUAGUUUAGGUGGUUGGGUCGCCACUCGAGCCUCGGGUAUGAAAAAAAAUGUCUACGGUAAUAUAGAAGACUUAGUAAUCGAUGCUAAAAUGGUUACCCCAAAGGGUGUGUUAGAAAAAAAUAGCAAAGUUCCGAGAGUGUCUUGUGGACCAGAUUUUCAACAAAUAAUUUUUGGAUCUGAAGGUACAUUAGGUAUAAUAACCGAAGUAGCUAUAAAGAUUCGACCGCUGCCAAAAUGUAGUGUGUAUAAUUCUGUGAUUUUCCCCAACUUUGAAUCGGGUGUAAAAUGUAUGAGAGAAGUAGCGAGACAAAGGUGUCAACCCGCAUCCAUAAGACUAAUGGACAACGCACAGUUUAAGGUUGGACAAGCUCUACGUCCUGUAGGCAGUAUUUUUGGAAAUAUGUUAGAUAUUUUAAAAAUAAAAUACUUGACUGGCGUAUGUGGUUUUGGACUAGAUUCUUUAUGCGUAAUGACAUUAUUAUUCGAAGGUACUACAUCAGAAGUGAAUAAUCACAAAAAUAGGAUCUUCCAAAUAGCAGCCUUGUUUAACGGUGUCGUAGCAGGUGAAAAAAAUGGUGAACGAGGGUAUAUGCUCACAUUUGUUAUUGCAUAUAUACGGGAUUUAGCGCUUGAAUAUAAUGUUGUAGCCGAAUCGUUUGAAACGUCUGUACCUUGGAAUAAUACAAUUCUCCUGUGCGAUUCUGUUAAGAAAACCGUUGAAAAUGAAUGUAAAAAACUCAAUAUUCAACACUAUUUAAUAAGCUGUCGUGUAACACAAACAUACGAUACCGGAUGUUGUGUUUAUUUUUACUUUGGAUUUAACUGGACUGGACUAGACGACCCAGUAUUGAUUUACCAUCACAUUGAAUCAGCUGCUCGCGACACGAUCAUCGCCUCUGGAGGGUCAAUAUCUCAUCAUCACGGUGUAGGAAAACUAAGAGCCCACUGGUAUAAGAAAAAUACACCAAAGACUGUUUUAUCUCUUUAUAGUGCUUCCAAAAAAAAUUUAGAUCCAAAAAAUGUCUUCGCAGUUGGAAAUCUUAUUACUUUUCCAUUGUCUAAUCUCUGAGUACAAAAUCAAUUUAAAAACUAGUCACGUUAAGUAUAGUAAAAAAUAAAGUCGAGUCAAUUUUAAUAAGUCAACAUUGCACUGACAUUUGGGGUUGUGGUUGGGGUGGGAAUGGUAAUGGGGUUGGGGUAGAGGUAAUAUAUAUGAGAUAGCCGAUAGGGAGUGGGAGUUAAGGGUAAGAGACAUGGUGUACGUUCAACGUUCAAAUUAGAACAAUAAACUGGAUAUCGACCCUUGAGAAGCCAUUAUAAUGAAUUUUCUUGUUGUUGUCAAAUUUUAAAUGUUUAAAUGCUUACAUGUUUUACUUAUGUUUUGUUAUUUAUUUAUGUAUUUCUUUAUUGUUAUUAUUAUUAUUAAAUAUUUUAUAAUUAUUA